GAGAGACACCACAAAGACAAGCAGCAAGAUGAAGUACCUGUUGUUUUUGGGGAUUGCAUUUGCUGCAUUCUGCACCAGCUAUUCGGCCCGUCAAGGUUUCUGUGAACUGCCGCAUGAGGAAGGCGAAGGCACCACCUUCACCUUUGCUUUGUAUUAUGACCCCAUUAAAGACAUCUGCAAUCCUUUCCUCUACAAAGGCCAAGGAGGGAACGCCAACCGCUUUGAAAAUGAAAGAGAGUGCAUAAGAAACUGCUCUGACAAUGCAGAGAAAAUCUACCCCUUGGAUGCGUCCCUAGCUUGCCACUUCAAAAAGGCCAUAGGUGGAUGCAGUGGUGGGUUUCUGAGAUACUACUACGAUUCUGUCCAUGACAAAUGCAAAAAAUUCCUUUGGUCCGGAUGCAUUGGAAACGGAAACAGGUUUUUCGACCAGGGCAGCUGCAACGCCACCUGUAGUGGCAUCCACGAUGACGGUGACGAAGAAGAGGAGUACGAGUCAGACACUCCUAUUGCAAUCAUCUGUGGAGUUCUGCUUGCUCUCAUUGUUCUCACCAUCUUCAUAACUGUGAUUGCCUUGACCGUUCAGUCAAAGAAAAAGAAACCCAAGAAGAAGGCAGCAGGGAAAAGUAAAGACCCCCAGCCCGACACAGCUCUUCAGGAUAGAGGGAUUGAAAUGGCAUAGAAAACCAUGUCACCUCAACUGCAACUUGUGGAGUUUUUAUCAGCUCUGUUUUGUAUUAUAACUCUACUAGCCUUUAUACCAAACAUUUCAACUCAUAACAACAUUUAGGUUCAGUUUAGAUUUUUUUUUACUGACACAUGUAAUAUCCAUUACAAUGUUGUACAAUUUUAUGUUUUGUUUCAUCUACAAGUGUUUCUUAUGAUUUAUUUUUUCCUGGGAGCUUCAUCCUGUUCUCUCAUUCAGAAAUCCAGAAUAAAUCCUAUUAGUCAAGGUGUAAUAAAAAUAAACUAAAACUUAAGUGAUUAGACAUUUUUCCAGGAAAAAUAUUUUUCUUUGUUGUAGUUGUGAGGAAAUCAUGGUUUUCUUUGGUAGUAAACUGAAUAUAUUUGAGUUUUGGACUGUUGGCCAGACAAAACAAUUUGGGAUCCAGUAAACUGUGAUACACAUUUCUCACAAAAUGUAUAGACCAAAUGAUUAAUCGAGAAAACAGUCAGCACAUUAGUUAUUAAUGAAAUUCACUGUUAAGUGCUGCCCUAAAAAACACCCAUCAUGAAAUCUUUUGGGAGUUAAGUCCAUUAGAAGAAAGUUUUUGUUGUUGUUUUUGUUUAAUGACAAACACAAGCAUGAACAGGAGCAGAACUGAAUCAUUCCAAGUCCAGGUACUCCUCUGCUUGUGCACAAUUACCUGAGAUGAUUUUAACGAUGUGGUCUCAUCACCAUUUCAGUGUUUCCAAAAUAAAAAUGCAUCAUCACCUGGCUCAAAGCUUUGCUGAGAGCUGUCUGAAGUCUUCUGAAGGCACGUGCCAAUUCUAAACCCAACACAUAUAUUUAGUGCUGUUUUUGUGAAGUGAUGCCCACUGCAAACUCUCUGUUAUUAUGUUUUCCUGCUCAGCAUUUGUGGCUCUUUUGUUUUAGACUGUAAACACCUCAAUGUAAAAGUGUCAAAAACAACCUUUCACAUUUUCUCAGAUUUAUCCUGGCUGUAAUAUUAAAUGCUCAUGCUCUCUAUUUGGUAUAUAAAAUGAAUCUUGCAGAAGAGUCUAAAUAGGAAAUGUUGUGAGUUCCUUUUUAUGUUUUUCACUGCAGGUGGUGUAAAUAUUCAUAAAACAUUUGAAUAGCAUCAUUGACUUGAUCAUUAAAAAGAAUGUCCAAGC